AUGUCUAAAGAAAUUCAGAUCUACGAGCUGCCAGCAAAACCUAUUUUCCCUAUUGGUGACAACAUACAGAUUGUGAAUCUGCCAGCCGAUGGCUACGAUCCACCUGGCGGCCUCGCAGUCACCAUCACCGGCUGGGGCGCCACAGCCUCCACGGGACAGGAGGCGUCGACCACACUAAUGAAGGUGGACGUCACCGUCAUCGACCGAGCCAGCUGCGUGGCCACAUUCGGCGUCACCGACCGAAUGAUCUGCGCCGGCGAGGCCGGCAACAGCACCUGCUACGGCGGCUUUGGUGGGCCGCUCGUUAGUGGCAGCACUCAGGUCGGCAUUAGCUCGUGGGCAAACGAAGAAUGCGAGUCCGAUGGCGCCGUCUACACUAACGUCGGCUAUCUCCGUUGGUUUAUCGAUGGUGCCAUGGCAAUGGAAUAUCCUAAGGAAAACUGA